UCUCAUCACAUGAACAAAAAGUACCCUCUGCAAGCUCAAGCCUAAGCAAGGGCACACUUUGUAGAGCUGCGGAGCGCCUCUGGCCAGCUUCUGACACAUGCAUCUACUGAGUGGCCACUUCAGCCCAGUCCAGAAUGCUGCUGGGCUGCUCUGUACCCUCUAGUAGGUCUGCAACACCCUUGCUACCAGGAAACCCUGACACCCAUCACAUCAUCGUGAGUGAAGUUCUCAGUUCCUCACACUUAACCUCAGACGGACUUCUUUUGAGAACAUAGAGGGCCACUGAGGACAGUGGAAAAAGAUCCUAAUGUUUUUUCAUUAUUUGCAAAUUUCAGCUGCUAAUGUGUAUUUAAUGUUUGUCAUGCUUUUAUGUAUGUGUAGAAACAAGUUUUACUUCAGAACAAUUUCGGGGAAUGGAAGAAGAUGCAAAAUCCCUUUGCAUACACACAAGUUGUGUUCUUCUCUGGACCCAAGUUCCUCCUCAGCUUAGAGCCCGAUCUCUCACUAACUCUACUUUAUCCACUCCUGGCUAGCCCUACCCACACCCCAAACCUUUUCUCCGUGGUGGAAGUCAUCAGAGAAAACUGUUAAUAGCACGUUAAUUUAGACUUUUAGAAUAUAUCCUGUCCCUACUGACAGCCUUUUUUGUUAUUAAAUUAGAGUAUUCCUAACAACCCACCCUAUGGUCCCCUUCUGAGAAUAAUGUUUUAAAAACAUACACACAUCAUUGUCUGUUAAUAAGGAACUAGGGAGGUGGUUCCAGAAUUCCUGGAACAGAUUCAAAGAUGGUUGCUGAAACUAUGUCCUGGUUGUUGCUUACUGUCUUCUAGAAAGAGGUACUUCAUCACUAAUCUGGCAUUCAGCCUCAGGUCUGCCCCAUUUUAACUGCUGCUACUAACAUUCUUCCUGUAUAGGCAGCGGGUUCUUCCUCGUCUCAGAUAACAGUCACAGAGACACAUCCUUACAAGAGCUUGAAAGAAGGGAAAUUCCUUACUCCUGUGGACAGAAACUAGGUGAAUUGUUAGAACUUUGGUUUAUUCACUUGGGCAUAGAGGGAUUCAGGGUACAUAAUACUUGUUAAGGAAGAAUGGAAACUGUUGGGCUGUCUUAGAGCCAACCCCCUCCUACAGUUUGUCAUUCCAGGCUUAGACCCAUGCCAACACAACAGGAAAGGUCUCAGGUUUUUCUUGGCUGCUAUAAAGGAGCAAUAGCCGUUUCAGAGGGAUUUCUCUGUGACAAACUGUUCUGGGAAGCAAUUGAUGAGGAUUGAGUAGUUGUCAGGCUCUUAGUGCCCCAGAGUUGGUUAAUACUGUCAAAGGUGACCCACUGGAGAAAGAGAAACUUGGGAGAAACAAUCUGCCAUGAGCCCUGAGUGUUCCUGCAUGUAUAUUCUUGCCUCGUGAAUGUAAGACUGACCAUUCUUCUUGGGCUGUACCUCAGUGUUCUGUUAGCAGUAAGCUACCUUGAAAUGAGCAAAUUUGUCUGUUGCUUACUAUGAAAGUUUUGAGCACCGCUCCCCUCACAAGCUUGGGGUCUGCAUAUGUAGGCAUCCAUCUAGGUCUACCCUGUGGCACUUUGGGGGGUGUAGGCCAUGGGCAGCUGGUGCAAACAUCAUGCUCAUGUUGCUAGCUAUACCAUAAGUAAUAAAGUUAUUUGUCUCUGACCCAGGAAUCUCAUGUCUUCUGGCAACAUCCAUGAAAGCAUAGCAGGCUAACUUGUUAGCUUACAAGUAGUAUAAAAUUCACAGAUGUGAAAGUUUUAGUAAUGAAAAUUGGAUCCUGACCAACAUGGUUUUCUAGAAGAGAAAGGACAUAGGCCUUUCAUGGGCUGGAUUAGAAAUAAAAGAAAUUCCCUGGGAUCUGGUAGCAAAUCAGAUAUUCCCAAGUGAGGGAGGAGGAAGGAGUCCUGAGGAAAGUCCCACCUGAAGAAAGAGUCCUACCUGAGAAUAUUUUGAGGCUAAGGAGCAAGAGGUAGGAUUGAAACAUGCUGCCCAAAUUGUACUUAGGUUAUUGCUCAGUCUCUGGGCAGGAGGCAGGAGGAUGUUUUGACAAUGAGGCAGCAAGCUCAUGGCUCCAGCUGAAAGGCAGUAUGGCCAAGGCUGAUGAAUGAUUUCCCAAAGAUGAAAUAAAUGAUGGCAGCAAUAAGGAUAUAGAACUUUGAACUAAAAACUUUAGCUGUUUGUUGAGUCCAAGUAGGUAGCCACUUGAACUGAAAGUAAAUACAUGGCCUUGCUGACUGACACAAAGCUGUUCUCCUUAUGGCCUACACCCCCAAAAGUGCCACAAGGUAGGCCUAGAUGAAUGCCUACAAAUGCAGACCCCAAGCUUGGUGGUGGGGGUGGGGUCCUCAAAACUUAGUGAGCAAUAGGUAAACCUGCUCAUUUCAAGGUAGCUUACUGCCAACAGAACACUGAGGUAUACAGCCCAAGAAGAAUCGUCACAGCCUUAAAUUCAUAUGAAGGAAGAACAUACAUGCAGGAACACUCAGGGCUCAUGGCAGAUUGCCUCUCCCAACAGUAUCACUAUCUUGAGAGUCAUCCUAUUGGAAAUGUUGAUAAGGAAUUUGUUCUUGACUUUAGUUGCAGUCAUCAGUGACACCACCUCAGCUCUGGAUGGCACUUAAAUCAGCCUCAACUCAUUGGCCAGGGUGGUUAUGGGUGACAGAAUUGCUCUUCCUCUCUGUGGGCCAAAGUGGAGUCAGUGCAAUCACUAAUACAUCCCACUGUGACUGGAUUAAUGUCUCAGACCAAGUACAUGGUCAAUACAGAAACUCGAGAAUGCCACUUGACUUUCUAACGUAGAUCCUGAUGGCUUGUUGAUUUUUUUUCCCACCUUCUUGGAUACAGGCCCUUGGAUAUGACUGAAGUCAAUACUGAUUGGUCUUAUCCUGUUACAUGGAGUUCUGUUGAUAGUAUCUUUAAUUAAAUGUUAUAAAAGACUUUGAAUGGACCUGGUUCCAGUUUCUGUCAGUUUAAUCAGAGUGACAGGUGGAGUGGCAUACUCAUGGGAGAAUUCAUCAAAAGCUGAGAUGGCACAGAAAUGAAAGGUACAUCUUGUUGGGAGACAAUUUUCAUGGGUCUCUAGCAUUUCUGCAUAUUUUGCAAAGAGAGACACUGACUAUCUUUGUUCCAGACUAUUUGUCCAGGAAUGUUUAUAUAGCAAACAACCUUAGGAGGUAUCAGAGCAAAAGGUGUCCAUGCCCACUGCCCAUUAUUGAAGAUUCAGGUUCCCUACGCUCAAAGUUCCUCUCCUUUAAUGCACUCCAUUGCAUGUGCAGGUAUCAUCUGGCUCUCUGCGUCGUCAUAUGGGAACCGGAGCUCAGAACUGGCACAAAUGCUGGUACUCUGGCUACCACUACUGCUGGUACCCUCUGAGGCCCGGAACCUUUGCUCAACUCUCAGGCUGUCCGGGGAAGUUUUAGGCGGUGAUACCGAGCUGCAGACCAAUGUAAGAGCUCGGGGCUGUGGGACUGAAGAGAGGAAGCGACUGUUGGGAACUGAGAGGUCAUGGAAGAAGUGACAACAUGCUCCUUCAACAGCCCUCUGUUCCGGCAGGAAGAUGACAGAGGGAUUACCUACCGGAUCCCAGCCCUGCUCUACAUACCCCCCACCCACACCUUCCUGGCCUUUGCAGAGAAGCGUUCCACGAGCAGGGAUGAGGAUGCUCUCCACCUGGUGCUGAGGCGAGGGUUGAGGAUUGGGCACUUGGUACAGUGGGGGCCCCUGAAGCCACUGAUGGAAGCCACACUACCUGGGCAUCGGACCAUGAACCCCUGUCCUGUAUGGGAACGGAAGAGUGGUUGUGUGUUCCUGUUCUUCAUCUGUGUGCGGGGCCAUGUCACAGAGCGUCAACAGAUUGUAUCAGGCAGGAAUGCUGCCCGCCUUUGCUUCAUCUGCAGUCAGGAUGCUGGAUGUUCAUGGAGUGAGGUGAGGGACUUGACUGAGGAGGUCAUUGGCUCAGAGCUGAAGCACUGGGCCACGUUUGCUGUGGGCCCAGGUCAUGGCAUCCAGCUGCAGUCAGGGAGACUCGUCAUCCCUGCAUAUACCUACUACAUCCCUUCCUGGUUCUUUUGCUUCCAGCUACCAUGUAAAACCAGGCCUCAUUCUCUGAUGAUCUAUAGUGAUGACCUAGGAGUCACAUGGCACCAUGGGAGACUCAUUAGGCCUAUGGUUACAGUAGAAUGCGAAGUGGCAGAGGUGACUGGGAGGGCUGGCCACCCUGUGCUAUAUUGCAGUGCCCGGACACCAAACAGGUGCCGGGCAGAGGCUCUCAGCACUGACCAUGGUGAAGGCUUUCAGAGGCUGGCCCUGAGUCAACAGCUCUGCGAGCCCCCACAUGGUUGCCAAGGGAGUGUGGUAAGUUUCCGGCCCCUGGAGAUCCCGCAUAGGUGCCAGGACUCUAAUAGCAAAGAUGUACCUACCAUUCAGCAGAGCUCUCCAGGCAGUUCACUGAGGCUGGAGGAGGAAGCUGGAACACCGUCAGAAUCAUGGCUCUUGUACUCACACCCAACCAGUAGGAAACGGAGGGUUGACCUAGGUAUCUAUCUCAACCAGACCCCCUUGGAGGCUGCCUGCUGGUCCCGCCCCUGGAUCUUGCACUGUGGGCCCUGUGGCUACUCUGAUCUGGCUGCUCUGGAGGAGGAGGGCUUGUUUGGGUGUUUGUUUGAAUGUGGGACCAAGCGAGAGUGUGAGCAGAUUGCCUUUCGCCUGUUUACAGACCGGGAGAUCCUGAGCCACCUGCAGGGGCACUGCACCAGCCCUGGUAGGAACCCGAGCCAAUUCAAAAGCAAUUAAUUGGCUUAGGACCCAAUUUCCAUAGAUGCAAAUGGCAAUUACAGCCAGGUUAACAGAAGCUACUGAAGUCUACAGAGAAUCAAAAAACUUAAUAUUCUGUUCCCUACCUUUUUUCACUUCUCCCCCUCCAAAGAGCAAAAUGAAAAUUUUGCCUUAGCUACUGCAGUGGAAAGAGCACUGAACUAGGAGUUCAAAGACCAGGACGUGGUUCUGGCUCUGCCACUGGCUUGCUUUUGGACCCUGGAUGUGUCACCUGAACUCUUUGGACCUCAGGUUUCCAUCUGUAAAAUGAGAGUAUUGGUUCUAAGAUUUCUUAUCUUCUCAUCCUUAGGAGAAGCAUAGUGCCUGCAUCCUUCAUGGUCAGUAAGUCCUGGCUGUAUAGAAGACUCUGAUGUCAAAAUGGAAAUCAGAGGACUUAUCUUUUCACAUGACUUACCCCUUUUUCAAGUGUGAGGUUACAGGCAGGUGUCAUGGCAGGAAGGAAGACCAGAUCUAUAUGAUUUGUUCCAUUUUUAAUAACAAAAAUAUCCACACCCUUCUAAUAAUGGUCAGAGCUCUGUAGGCACUCUAUCCUAGAGGAAUUAAGCAAAACAGAAGAAUCAUGAAGUCUCCUACCUUCUACAGCUUUGUAGUUCUGUUUACCUUCUCUUCCUCAUCCAGAAACAUCAUUUUCUAGGGAGGACAAUGAGAAUCUCAGUGCCAGUAGUACUGGAUAAUAGUGUGUAUUGCUUCUGGUGGCAUUACCCUGAUGAAGGAUGGGCUUAAGUUCAUUUAUUAGGAUGUUCCCGAUGGGAAAAGGACAUGGAUUAGUACUUUAAAACACUGGACAGAAUUUCCCACAGUCUCUGCCCUCAAGGAGUUCACCAGUUUAUGGGGCUAGAAGAGGGAGAAAAUUCAAGAAAAUAAAUGUAGCUGGUGGGAGAGUUUGUAGAUGUUGGGCUAUAUGUUGGGGUGAUGGUAGCUCCUGAUGUAAUUUUCUUAGUUGCAUCUUCAAUGUGCCUGGAGUCAUCUGUCCAAGGCUUGUUCAGGCUUCUGGGUUUGUUUUUUUUUUGUUUUGUUUUUUCUCAGGAUAUUGUCCUGGCCCAGCUACUCCUUUACCUGUGAGAAGAUCUUCACCAUUAGGAAGAUCUCUGGACCCCCAAAUCUCAGAAUCAGGCCUAUUUGUAUAGGCCCAUGGAAAUCACUACUUGUGAAGUAGGGAUGCCUUUUUGUCUAAUGAUUUUCAUGCUGAACUUAGUCCAUGCUGAGUCUCUUAGAUGAUACCACGUUGGUUGUUCCUAUCUUAGAUUGUUUCCCCCAUAGCCUGUUCUUGCAACAGAAAUUCUAUCAUGAGAGGUUUAUUUUUUGUACCUAUUUUAGGAGGCUAAUGCUUAAACUGGUAUCAACUAAAUAUAUUUGGUGUUGUAUAAUGACCACAGAGAACAAGUCUUAGUCAUGAAAUAUAGCCUAGGAGGCUAGGGGUUACUGUUGCACUAGUUGGGUAGAGAGUCCUACAGGAUGAAAGUUGAGAUUAACUUUACCUACUUUAGCAGAUUGCUUAAGCCAUGGCUUAGAGUGGCUUUUAAAAAUCCCCUUAGCCUCUCCUACCUUUGCCAAGGUAAUCUUCCCAAUACACAAUUAUUUAUUCACUCAUGCAUACAUUUAUCUAAAUAUUUCUUGAGUGCCUAAUACAAGGUACUUUCUACUGCCAUUCCUUGGCUCUAAAUCAUUUGUGGUUCCCUAUUGCCUAUUAUAAUGUAAAGAUGUUUACAUUUAGCCUGACAUGUAGGACCUUCCAGCUGUUGAGUGAAAUAAUGCACACUUUACUCUACUUCCUUAUAUGAGGCCCAGUGUCAGGGAAAACCUCUGUCAAGUUGACAGGUGGAGGGUGGUGGUGGUCUAGGGAUGGGCAGGGUUAGUGCAGGGAGGAAUUGGGGAAGGGGAGAGGAUUAAAAGGGCAGCCCCCUCCUAAGUGGUAGAAACUCCUUGUUAAGCAAAGCUUUCCUGAGCACUGUACUGUAAGUGGAUAGGAAUAGGGAGGAUGGCCAAGUCCUAUAACCAGGGCUAAAGGAUGAAAAGAAUGAGAAUAUCAACUUCUUUAGUACUACUCAAGAAGGGAAUCAAGGCAGGGACCUUGGUCCUGUGCCAUUGUGACCCAGAGAUGUCUAAUACCAGUACUCAUAAGAGGUCCAUCUCUAAAUUGCCCUCCUCUUACUUCUUCCCCCUACCUCAUGUUUUUUCUCUUUAAUGACUAGCAUCGAAGCUCUUUAAUUGGGGGAGGCCUAUGUGUUUAUCUCAGGAAUAGUAAGAAAAGGGAAUUGGGAACAGGGGAAAUCCAGAAUAAGGACUUGAGAGAGGAGCAGAGUGGGUGAUGGCAGCUGUGAAGAAAAAGAACAGAUCAGAAGAGUCCUGGCACCUUAGGAAGAAAAAGUGUCACAGACACGAGGCCUAGGCUGGAGAGAUGAUGUAGGUGGUAGCUGCUGUGAAGAAGAAAUGACAACAGGCUGGAGCUGUUCCCUGAAACCUGUGGAAAGGAAGAGAGACCUGCACAGGCUGGCACUUAGCUUGUGGAGAAGGUCCUAACCCAACACUGCAACUUUAAGCUGGCUUAACUUGUCCAAGUUCCAGAUGACCAACAAAGACAGCUAUAGACACUCCAACUCUGUGCCCAUUACCCAACCUGGGAGCUAUUCCAUGAUACUGGUACCCUAAGUGAACCCAUUUCAGCCACUCAGAUUGACAGGGUGGAAAAGACAGGGCAGGUGGUAGCAGCUGUGAAGAAAAGAGGAAAGAGACAGGUAGCCUGUCUACAGGCAUGUAGAGAGGACUACAUAGGCCUCAGUCCUUUGCCCUCAGGAGCCCCCUUCCUGUCCCUUGGACUCUUAGAAUGGAUCCUUCCAGCACACAUGGCCCAACACUGAGAGUGCAGGAAGCAUGGGUAGGGGCCUCCUGCUGCUGGUAUAUACCCAGGCCAGCCUCCUGCCGACACAGCCUACUGGCUGUGUUCAUGUUCUCACUAUUCACCUUAGGCCAUUGUCUGGGUACUUAAUUUGGACUUGUUUCCCCUGGUCACCAGUCUCCCCUCAGAUAUUCACAGGACGUCAAGUAGCUUCAGCCAUGGGUAAGAGGUUUUUCACUCUGCCUGUUGGGUAGCCCAAAGGACCCACAAAGGUCAACCUGAGGCUGCACAGCCUCCUCCCCAGGGCAGUAGAAAUUGAUACCUCACUUUCGCCAGAUUAGGCUUCUCACUCUUCUCGAGUAGGCCAUAAUCCACCUCUUCAGUAGGCCACGCAUCCGUCUCUGCAGUGCCAGAAUUCACAGUCUGGGCCUCCCUUUGGUCCUUACCAUAGGCUGCCAUGUAUUAUUGUCUAUGUUGUGCCCUUUAGGCCUCUGCUAGGCUGUGAACUCCUUGACUGACUCCUCACUGUGUCCUUUAUACCUUGAAUCACAGUGGCUUAUCUAAAAGUAUAAGCUUUUUUUCUAUCGUAUUCUGAAUUCUCUGAAGGUAAGGACUAUGUCUGAUUCCUCUCUUUGUCCUCUGCACCCAGCAUAGGGCCUGAAACAGAGUAGCCAGCAGUAAAGAUACACUGAAUGAAUGAAUGAGUCAACGAUCCUUGGCCUCUGGAGCUAAUUGAGAAGGCCAGGGGCAGUUCCGCUUUAGGGAGAAGGAUGUUGCAUCCCUUUGUAGAUUGUGUAGCAUUCAAAACCUGCUGAACACUCACCCUCAAUGUGUAUUCUCUGUUCUGGCCUGCUUCCAGGUCAGUUAUACACUUCCUGGGAUGGGCCUUUCUCUGGCUUAGGCUUGGUUGUCCCUGGCUUUCCCAAGGAUCACAGCCCAAAAGGUGCAGUGGGGAAAAUGUAUGGCCUAUUCGAGAAGAGUGGGCAGCCUAAUCAAGCCAAGCCUUGAUUUGGGGUUCUCACUUCACUGGUAUUUUCCCUUUGUCCCCAAUUGAAUUUUCUGUAGUUACAACUUUUCCAGGCUUCUAAGGGAGUUGCUGAGGCUCGAUGUGUUCUGACUAUGUCUUGGCUUUGUGAUACUGAGCGCCAGAAAUACUCUGUACUAUGAAAACUACCAUCAUUCUUUGAAACAACAAAGAGGAAUAAAGAACUUAAUUCUGGUGA